CUUCAUACUAAUUAGAUUCUAUAACAUGAGAUUAGGAUCUGAUCAGUAUUCUGAUAAGGAAUUCGAUGAAAUCGAACAAUUUUUAGACAAGUCAACCAAUGACAAUGUCGAAGUUCGUAGUACUAAAACCAAAAAAAGGUUCUUGAAUCUUUGGGUAUGGAUUGGAACUUUUGUAUUGUUAUACUUUGGAUAUUUCACAUUGAAGAAGUGUCAUUACUCACAUUUUUUCAACGUUGUUGCCGGUGAUGAAGAUUUGUUGGAAUUAGCUGAAAAUAAGGUUAAAUUUGCCCCCUUUUUCAAUGCUUUGGAAACGAAUUUAGCCGGUAAUUGGUCCAAGAAGUACACUGCUGAACCACAUUUGGCAGGUACAAACUACGGGUUAGUUGAGUGGACUCGUGCGAAGUUUGAAGAAUAUGGAUUUGAAACUCUGAUUGAUACCUAUGACAUUUAUGUCAGUUAUCCAGUGGCACAAGAUUUGAAACUUGUCAAGGCCGGUACUGAUAAGGUCUUGUACCAAGCUCCCUUGAAGGAAGAUGAAAUCAAGGAAGAUGAAACUUCUGUGGGUGAUGAUUUGAUUCCAACCUUUUUAGGUUAUUCUGCCAAUGGUAAUGUCACUGCCGAAUACGUCUAUGUCAACUAUGCCAGUAAGGAAGAUUUUGAACAUUUGGAAUCCUUGGGGGUCAGUGUUGAAGGGAAAAUUGUAAUUGCUAGAUACGGUAAAGUUUACCGUGGUUUGAAGGUCAAGUUUGCCCAAGAUCAUGGAGCUGUUGGUGUAUUGUUAUACUCUGAUCCUGGUGAUGAUUAUGGAAUUACCCCUGCAAAUGGAUACAAGCAAUAUCCAGAAGGUCCUGCCAGACAAGAGAGUUCUGUUCAAAGAGGAAGUUUACUCUUCUUAGGUGGUGUUGGUGCUGCUCCUGGUGACCCAACCACCCCAGGUUAUGGUUCCAAGCCUGGUGUUGAAAGAAAGGAUCCACACAAUACCAUUCCUCGUAUUCCUGCAUUGGCCAUUUCUUAUCGUGAAGUCAAACCUAUUUUGGCCAAGCUUAACGGUCAUGGGGCUCAAUCUAAGGAUAAGGGUUGGAAGGGUGAAUUGGAAGGAUUCGAUUAUUCUAUUGGACCAAAUGCCAAUGUGACUUUGAACUUGUUUAACGAGCAAAAUUUCACCAUCACGCCAUUAUGGAACGUGUAUGGAGAAAUCAAGGGUGAAAUCGAGGACGAAGUCAUUAUUAUUGGUAACCAUCGUGAUGCAUGGAUCAAGGGUGGUGCUGGUGAUCCAAACUCUGGACUGGCCACCCUUCUUGAAGUUGCUAGAGCCUUUGGUGCAUUAAAGGCUAGCGGAUACGUCUUCAAGAGAACUAUUAUUCUUGCAUCAUGGGAUGGAGAAGAAUAUGGGUUAUUAGGUUCUACUGAAUUUGGUGAAUAUGCAGCUAAAACUUUGCAAAAGAAUGUUGUUGCAUAUUUCAACUUGGAUGUAGCUACUACAGGUAAAAACCUUGAUCUUGGUUCAUCGCCAGUUUUGAAUAAGGUUUUGAAAAAGGCUCUUAAACAAGUUAAAUACCCUGGCUCUAAAAAGGGAGAAACCCUCUAUGAACAUUAUUUGGAAAGACAUGAUGGAUCUGAUAGAAUUGGGAAUUUGGGCUCUGGAUCUGACUACACAGUGUUUCUUGAACAUUUAGGAAUUCCAUCAGUUGACUUAGGUUUUGGUGGAGGUAAGGGAGACCCUAUUUAUCAUUACCAUUCUAAUUAUGAUUCAUAUCAUUGGGUUUCCAAAUUUGGUGAUCCAGGUUUUAUUUACCAUGCUGCCACUGCCAAAUUCUUGGGAUUAGCUGUAUUGGAAUUAAGUGAACAUCAAUUGAUCGACUUUAAAUUACAGGAUUAUUCCCAUGACUUGUCUCUUUAUUACAACGAAACACUUGAGUUGAUCCCUAAGAAAUGGCUUUACAAGACCAUUGAUAAGGAAUCAAUAUGGGAAGAUUAUUUAAAUAAUGACGGUGAACAAGUUGACUACAUGAAUAAGAUUACUCAAGGUUAUUAUUCUCGUCGUGAAUUUUUCCCAUUCCCUGAAUAUUUGGAAAAGUCUGGAUGUAUGCAUCAUGGAGGUAUGAUCAUGGUCAACCCCUCCAAACAUAAAGAAGCCACUUUGCAUGACCUUUUGGAUACUACAUUUAAUGAUAUUUCUCAAUUACAUAAUGUUUCAUCUCUUUUUGAUGCCGAAACAAUUUUGCUUCAAGAGCGCUAUAACAAGCGGGACUCUUUGCACUGGUGGCAAAGAAUUAGGUUAUUUUUCCAAAUCAAGGGCCACAACAAGGUUGUACAAUACUAUGAAAGAAACUUUUUAGUUCAUAAGGGAUUACACGAGAGAAGUUGGUUCAAACACAUUGUGUUUGCAAGUGGAAGAUUUACCGGAUAUGCUGGUCAAACCUUACCAGGUUUGAAAGAAGCUGCAGAGGAUGAAGAUUUUGAACGAUUUGUUCAUUGGCUUGGAAUUGUAUCCAAGGCCAUCAGGAGAGUAACAGCUAACUUGUCCGUUUAAGAAUUGUUUAAUCGCUUAACCCCUUAUAUACCUCCAUAUAUAUGAAUGCCACACAAUAUAUGCAUAUGGCCAC